CGUCACUCCAUGAUGUCACUUGCCCCGCCCAGCGUUUAUAGGGCGCCCGACAUCGGUGCUCCAUCUCAAACGCCAAGAUGUCGUCUCCGUAUCUUGCAACGACCCCGCAAAAUCCAGGUCGCAUCAGUAUACGCGCCCUCCAGCGCCCGGUCGGAACAUCAUUUCUCGUCCAUACCGGACUUUCUGUCGGCACAUGGCUCAUCGGCGCGUCGACCGACAGGGCAGACGUGAAGGACAUCCUGUGGCCGACCGGCAUGGUCGCAGACGCGUGGUAUCAGGCGAUUGGCAUCCCUGUCCUCCGUUACGGUCUUCCUCUGAGCAUUGCCUUGAAAGGUCUCACGUAUAGGCAAGCUCUUCUGUUGGGCGGCGUCACCCUUUGGGGGCUGCGUCUUGCAUACCGCAUCACUUCGCGCGCAGUUAAGCAAGGUCACGACGAUUUCCGUUACACCAAGUCGAAGCUGCAGCCGUCAUUCUGGCUUGAAUCUCUCUUCAAGCAAUUCAUUCCGGAGGCCCUUUUCCAGACGAUCAUCUGUUUGCCGUUUACCGCACCCUUCCGCGCAACCAAUGUUGCCCUCAUCCCAUGGGGUUGGACAGAUAUUGCCGCCGUCGGUCUUUUCACGUCCGGCCUGACCCUCGAAACCAUUGCGGACGCGCAACUCGCUACUGCCAAGAAGAACGGCGAAUCUGGCCUCGUUCGCUCUGGCGUUUGGUCCAUCGUCAGGCACCCGAACUAUCUCGCGGACGCGCUCACGCACCUAUCCUUCGCUCUCCUCGCCGCCAACACCACUUCCUUCCACCCCGUCAUCUUCCUCGGCCCGCUUGCAAACUACAUCUUCCUCAGGUUCGUCGGCGGCGACAAGGACACGGAGGCGUUCCAGGAGGAACGUUACUCCCAGUUUAAUCCGAAGAAGGAUGCGCAGCUCAGCGAGUAUCGCGCCUCAAAGAACUCAUUCUGGCCGAGCCCAAAGGAAGUCGGCAAUUUAUGGACGUGGGCUGUUCUUGGUGCCGGCGCGAUCGGCGUCGCUGCCGAGAAGAUCUUGAGGAGCACAAUGAAGCCUGGUAUAUUGUAAGAUUAUGAUGAUUAUCGACAAUACGGACUGUACAUGUAGCAUAUAAUUGAAUCGAAACAUCUCACCU